ACUGUACCCUUAAUGGUUAGCCUGAUGACAACGCCAGAGAGCCCUGAGAGCCGGAAGUCAUCAUUGUGGAGGGCCCACCACUGCCGCCCCGCCCGGGCACACCUUGUGAGGAGGCCGUGGAAGAUCCUGACAAGGAAAACGUCCCACUCCCAGCAUCUGCCCUUCCUCCACCGCCGCCCCAUUGGCUGGAGCGAAGGGAGCCGCUCAGGGACGUCACACCAGCUCCUGCCCCUGCUAGCCCCGUGCUCCCGCCAUCCCCUCUGCCCAGCUGCAACAGUGACUGCACAUGCACUGACUCCAGCGAUGACGACAGCAGCAGUGGCUCCAGUCUGGAGGAGGGGGAACUGCCAGCCUCCCCCGUACUGGUAG